GUUUUAUCGUAUUGUAUACAAAGACCAUGAAUGCCUCUCAGCUUCUGAAGUUUUGAAGAAGGCAAAAGCAAGAGUCGACAAGAAAGAACCUACAUACUCUCUUUUCACCAAUAACUGCGAACACUUCGCCAACGAGUGUAAAACUGGGAAGAAAGAAUGUCGUCAAUUUUGGACGCCGAUUAAAAUUCUUGUAAAAAGCGCUACCUCAUCAUGUUUGUCAUUUCUGGUUGAAUCGCUUCGGUCUACGGGCAGUUGGAUUAAAGAAUCGGACAUCGUCAUCGAAGAAGCCUUGGAAUUCGGAGCAAAAUUUAGCCCUACGUUCGCUACCAUUUCGGCAAUUAUAAUCGAAACCUUGUCCCUUAAGCUUGAUUACUCUGAUGCCAAAGCAAAAUUGAAGCAAGGAAGGCUAACUCGUGAAGAAUUUUACGAGGUUAUUGUGAAAAGAGUUUGUGCUGCCUUUUUGUCAAUUUGGGGCAAUUGUAUUGGCUUUACUUACGGUGAAAUUAAAUGGUUAGCUUUAGGGAAUUUUCUUGGUGGAUGGGUGUUGCCGAUUUUGGGAGUAUUUGUAGCCGGGGCUGGAGGUGAUUACCUGGCGAAACUGGUUGGCGGUAUUCUCGCGGAGAAGGUAGUCACACCCUUGGUCGUGUCGUCUCUUGAUAAAUACUUGUCAA